AUAUUCUAGUGAAAAAGGGCGUAAGUGCUAUAUUUUUGGAUAUUUUUCUUUAUAUAUUUUACGAUAGUAUUUACAGCCCUCCGUAGUAUUGGCUGUAAACGUGUUACGACUCGUAAAUAAUAUUCUGUGGCACUCCUUACACUUGGAUAUCAAGGAGUGUGGCCAGCCGAGAGCUUGGAAGGUCAGGCGACGGUGCGCGGCAGUUCAGUGGACUACGCAGCAGCACUCCUGCUCGCUGCAAUGGCGGCAGUCUUACUUGCUGCUGUGGGGUACCAGUGCGCUGCCACUUGGAGGUGGAUUAUGGGCAGAUACCUUUGGUGUAGGACUCGGAGGGACUCGGAGGAGAGCAACUGUGACUCCCUGUCAAGACAAGCUGCUAUUCGCAUCAGCCACUCCUUGCCUGAUCUCCAGACAGAACCCUUGAAGCAAGAGUAUGUUCAGGAGCAUAAGGACCCGGCUAAGAAGCCUUGUACCCAGGUCCUCCGUCAGACCACGCUGCCGAUAGUCCCCACGCGCCACCAGACCUUCCAGCGGCAGCUGUCUCAUCGGCUGGACUUACCUUCCAUCCAGUUCAGCAUCUGCAGCCUGGAGCGAGCUGACUCCUCUAUCGGACUUAUUAAGCCGGAGCUAUAUAAGAACGAGCUAGUGCGUCAAUCAUCAACCGACAGCGCGGAGUUGGAGUUCUGCGGCAAGCUGCACUUCGCUCUCAAGUACGAUCAGGAAGUAGAGGCUCUGGUUGUCAAGAUAUUCGAAGCCCGCGACCUUCCGAUCAAGGACGUGACUGGCAGCAGUGACCCUUACAUCAAGGUGUUCCUCCUCCCUGAUCGCAAGAAGAAGUUCCAGACCAAGGUGCACCGCAAGAACCUCAACCCGGUGUUCAAUGAGACUUUCUUGUUCAGCGUCCCAUAUGAAGAGCUACGUCAACGCUACAUCCAGUUCUCAGUCUACGAUUUCGACCGGUUCAGCCGUCACGACCUGAUCGGCCACGUGGUGCUGAAGGGGCUGCUGGAGUCGGCUGAUCUGCAUCAGGAGAUCGAGUAUACUAUGAAUAUACUCGCUGCGCCUCAGGAGAAGAAGGAUCUCGGUGAGCUGAUGCUAUCGCUAUGCUACCUGCCCACUGCGGGCCGUCUCACCGUCACCGUCAUCAAGGCGAGGAACCUGAAGGCGAUGGACAUCAAUGGGUCUUCUGACCCCUACGUGAAGAUCUGCCUCAUCUGCCAAGGCAAGCGCAUCAAGAAGAAGAAGACGACGGUUAAGAAGAACACUCUGUCACCAGUGUACAAUGAGGCGCUGGUCUUCGACCUGCCAGCUGAGAAUGUGUAUGACAUCACGUUGCUGGUCAAAGUCAUUGAUUAUGACAGGAUUGGCCCAAAUGAGCUUAUCGGCUGCACAGCAAUAGGUUCGACCCUGAUCGGCAUCGGCCGUGACCACUGGCUGCAGAUGUUGGACAACCCUCGCAAGCCGGUGGCCCAGUGGUACCCGCUGAACAAGAGCCCGCCGGCUAACAUCACGAUACCUAACAAUAAUGGCCCGAAUACUGGACUUAGCUGCUUGAAUGGAAGAUGAAGAGACGAAGGAACAAGGACUGAAGAUAUCAACAUCAAUUAGAAGGCGUCGACUGUAGUGACGUAGACAGGUAUUCUCGCGAUGCCAAAGCGUUUAUAGUAAGUAAAUGUGAUUAUAAUAAACGGUUGUAUGUCCAUUUACAGUAGAGAAAUGAAUCAGAAUCAAUAUUAAGUGAUAUUGAAACGUAGAGAAAGAAUUAGAUUAGAUAUCUGUUGAUGUAGAAGAAAAUGAAUUUAUCCAUAGACGUUCUAAAUGUUUAUAGAUGAAGUAUAAUUUGUAGCCAGUAGUUUGAAUAAUCCAAUGUAUUCUCAUAUCAUUGCCAUACAUUUCCUACGUCUAUACUUUACUGACCAUGUAUUUGUCAAGUUAUAUACAAUGUUACUUCUAUGUACACCUUGGAAUACGCACACUUCAAAUUCAAGACUUAUUCACAUCUUGUACAUAUUAUAUACUUAUUAAUGUUGUAUAGUUGUUGUCUUUUACGAUAAGAGUAUUUAAACCUAUCGUCAUACCUUUAACUAUUUGAUAUGUUAUUAAAUUCUAAUUACAUAUUGCAGCGUUACGAUUUGUUAGAAACGGACGAAUGUUACGAACAUUCUUUUAUCGGACAAUAAUGUAGUUGGAAAAAUAUAUAUUAUGUAUAAAUUUUGCGAAAUAUCUACGAAAUUUUUAUUUUCAACAACAGCACAAGAUAUAUAAAUACAUAUAAUUUGUUAUAUAUGUUACAUGAAAUUGUAAGAUGAAAAUGAAGCUUUAAAUCGUGUUAAAAUUAAAAUAUAUCAAUGUAUUUAAAGUAUAUAUUAUAAACAUAAGUUUUAAAGUUAUAUAUUAUAAAACGUGUAUUAAAUGAUAAACAAUAGGCAUUGAUUUAAAAAGCUGUCAUGAUGAAUUUAACGCGUGAAACAGAAUAUUGUUUGUAGACCGGCUCAGCCGUAACUUGAACGAGAUUAAUUUUAAAUUGACAUAUUUAUUACAUUGCACCCUUUGUACGACGCGUGCGUUUAACAUUUAAUGGAAAAUGUAAAAGUAAUUCAUUUAAAUUCAGAUAAUCCUUAUCUUUUUCAAUCGAAUAUAGCUUAAUCUUUGAUAUUCAAUUAAAUUGCUAUUUUUUGAAAAUUAUUUGUUACGAAAAACAUUUAUGGAUGUAUACCUAUAUAUCUAGGUGUAAGAUUAAUGUUAAGGUUAGAUAAUCCUCUGCCUCUGCAAAUUUUCUACUGUUAUCGUAUUGUGUCACUCGAAGUUCAAGAUUUCCUAAAUGAUGAUAUUUUUCUGACAAGUUUCCAUGAUUAAUGGUACAGUUUUGAUGACGUGAAUUCAGAACGAAAUUAUUUGGUAAGGAAGUGAUAUUAAUCCGAGGUUACGAAUUCUCAUAUCGUAAAUCCGAGUAUAUAUUCUAAAGUAUAUAAUGUAGAUAGAAACAUAUCUAUGUAAUUUAAUGUGUAUAUUAUGAGAACCUUGAUAAGAAAAUUUGCGUGUUUCAACCCGUGGUUUUCCUCGGUAUAUAGGAACGUUAAAAAGCAAAGUACCUACAUACUUACAUACACAUCUUUUGCGUUCGUCGACUCGGCGUUUCCGUAGCGCAAAUUUGCCGUCGUGCGUUUUUAUCUGAAAAGCCCUUUGUCAAGCCAAGUCUUUGAAGUAAUACCAAAUCAGUUGCAAUUGAAGACAAAUGCACACAAUAAAGAAUUAUCUGUCUAGAAACAAUAUACGAUCAGACAGGGCAUUGACCCGCAUCAAAAAACAAAAUACUCGAAAUCUACAUGAUAUUGUAAUAUUGUAAUAAUUUUCGUUUUAAAAAGGAAUGACAGUACAAGAGAAGGUUGAAUGAGAGGUAAUAUUUUUGUAUGAGAUUAGGAUACUUGUCGUAAACGUUGCUAAGUCUUUAUACUGUAUAGCUGUAAGUGGAUGUAAGUACUUAUACUGAUUUAUGAAUAAAAUGUUGACAUUUUU